AUACGUUUUACGAUUAGACCAUUAUUUUAGAUUAUAUUUUGUAUUAAUUAAGCGGGAAACAUUAAUCAAUUGCAUGAGAAUCUAAUUUUCGGAAAAUUUACCACAUUUUGCAUUUUUAUAGACUUAGUUUGAGGUGGUGAUUUUAAUCAAGUUGGACUAAUAUGAUUUUGGUUGUUAAUUAACAUUAAUUCAUUUUUAUUUUAAUGUCACUUGUUUUAUUGGUUUGCGUUAAUGAGUUAAUAAUUGCUUAUUCAUAAUACAGUUUCUAUUAAAGAGAACUGUCAGUUUAGCACAUUCUUUCGUUUAAUGUCAAAGUGAUUUAUUUUUAAAUGGACAGUGGAACAAUCUUUGUACCGUUUUUAAAUUUAAUUUUUGCAUCUGAGAGUUGUCAUAAAAGACUGAAGGGAAGACGUGGAAAUUUUUUCGAAUCUCUUGAAUAAUUUGUUAAGUUUAAGAUGGGUAUCAACUUACGAAAUGAGGAAUUUAAAUUUGGUAUAGUUGAUUAUCUUGUCUUCUGUGCAAUGCUAGUGCUAUCUGCCAUUACCGGCAUCUAUUAUGGAUGCAAUAGGUGCAAAUGCUUUGGCAAAAUGGAAACUCGAGCUCGAAGUCUUGCAGAAUAUCUUAGUGGAAGUAAAAAUAUGAAGCCUUUCCCUGUUGCAAUGUCCUUAGUAGCAAGUUACGUAUCUGGUGUCACAGUAUUGGGAACCCCUGCCGAAAUAUACAAUUUUGGAAGUCAGUAUUGUAUAAUAGGUAUAGCCAUUUGGACAAGUGGACUUAUAGUAGCAACUGUUUAUAUGCCAGUAUUCUUUAAAUUGCAAUUGAAUUCUUCCUAUGAGUAUUUGGAAUUGCGAUUUAAUCGAUUGGUUCGGAUAUUUGCAUCAGUCAUCUUUGUUAUGGACGAGAUAUUCUUCCUACCUAUUGUUAUUUAUGUUCCAUCUCUUGCUUUAAAUCAAGGGAGCCUUUUCUCAACUUUUCUCGUUAUAAUUGUUAUUGUUGUUAACAUUGUCGUUAUGUUGCUAGGUGGUAUAAAGGCUGUAAUUUGGACAGAUACGUGGCAGAUUGUGAUUAUGUUUAUUUCUGUUGUUGUCAUUGUAAUUCUUGGUACCGUUACAAUAGGAGGAGUUACAGUAGUAUGGAAUAGGAGUGUGGAGGGAGGUAGAAUUUCUUUUCUAAAUUUAAGCACGAGCUUAUAUGAAAGACACACGGUAAUCAGUGUUAUAAUUGGCGGAACUAUGUAUUGGACGUCAUUUAAUGCUGUCAAUCAGACCAUGGUACAACGUUACCUAUCCUUACCGACGAAACGAAAAGCAGCAAUAUCUAUACUUUAUUUUACGAUUGGAAUAUCAGCAUUUGUGUCAAUUUGUUGUUUUGCCGGUUUAUUGAUAUAUGCAACUUAUUUUAAUUGCGACCCUUCGGAAUCCGGAAGAAUAAAUGCAGAUGACCAAUUAUUUCCGUUAUUUGUAAUGGAAAUUGUGGGACAUCUUCCUGGCGUACCUGGGAUGUUCGUAGCAGGUGUAUGUGGUGCGGCUUUGAGUUCUCUUUCAGUUAUACUUAAUUCCACGUCGGCUGUUGUAUUGGAAGAUUUUUUAAGGAGUUGCUUUAAAGUGGAGCUGAGUGAAAAACAUGCCACUUUGUUCGUUAAAUUCGUUGCUUUGGCAUUGGGGGGCAUAUCAUUAGGUUUUCUGUUUGUAAUUGAUAAGCUGGGAGGCAUUUUGGCGAUGUCUGGUGCUUUAACAUCUAUUGCUGCCGGAACAACUUUUGGUGUCUUUUCAUUAGGUAUGUUGAUACCAUGGGCUAAUUCAAAGGGAGCUCUUGCAGGAGGAAUCUCUGGCGCAAUUGUAUCCGGUAUCAUAUCAUUUGGGAUUCAAUACGUCAACGGAGCAGGAUUAGUUGUUCCUCAUAAAAUACCUGGUUCCGUAGAAGCUUGUGAAACGAUUUAUGGCAUCAAAAUAAAUAAUACGAUGAAGAGAUACCCCGAUGAAUCAAACAUAUUUCCCUUAUUUCGCCUGUCAUAUCACUACAUUACUCCUAUUGCUGUGAUGACGGUCAUGAGCGUAGGAACUGUUGUCAGUUUUUUAACUGGAAAGACUGACUUGCGACUUCUAGAUCCUGAUCUUAUUAGUCCGGUGAUUCAUAGGUUCCUGCCUAAAAAAAGUGAUGUCGCUAUGAGAGCCCAUUAUUCCAAAGAAAACGGAGUUAAGAAUGAGAAAGUCGGAUUGUUCAACAUGCAGCAUUUCGAUGAGGUAACUACCGCUAAAAAUAGUCUGCUGGGUGAAAAAGUGGACGAAAGUCAGGAAGCUUCAGAGAAAAAACAUAAGGUGAGCGAGGAAGAAGAUCAAGUGUAAUGUUCAUUAAUUUUAAGAAACUAUGAUACUUCGACAAUACAUAAGAACAAAAGGGUUAUAUCGUAAUUUCUUAAAUAUUUUCAAAUAUAUGUGUAACAAAUUA